GUCCCAUUCUUCCGCAAACCACCCAAAUCACGUCCUUCUUCCUCCCGGCCCAAACCCCGUUCUCCCUCUCCCAGCACCAGCAGCCCCAACCCCACCGCAACAACAACAGCAGCAACAACGUCAUCCGUCGUCCUCCCCCUUAAGAAGCCCGCUUCUAACCUACUUACACAAGGUACGAGGCGCACGAAGAGGGAGAGGGUGGACGUCAACUACGGUUCUGGGACUGCGGCUCUCCCUGAGGGAUACUCCCUCUCCGACGAAGAGAGGGAAGAAGCAUCGCAAGCCAACGCGCGAAAACGGGCCAAGCUCGACCCUUCUCUCCAGGAAGAGCUUCCCGACCCCGACGAUGGGCUGUAUCACGGCCUAGCUGGGUACAAGUCGCAUAUCAAGGUGCAACAGGAAAUGCCCAAGACGAUGCGUUCUGGCCCUGUGCGUGCGAACCCGAGCACGAUUAGGCAGGUCACGAUUACGGACUACCAGCCGGAUGUGUGUAAGGACUAUAAGGAGACGGGAUACUGCGGGUUUGGGGAUACGUGCAAGUUUUUACACGAUCGGGGGACUUAUCUCGCGGGAUGGCAGUUGGACAGACAGUGGGAGGAACAGCAGCGCGCUGGUGCUUCGGGGGAGAAAGACGCCGAUUCAUCAGACGAAGAAGAGAUCCCCUUCGCCUGCCUUCUCUGUCGCAAGCCGUACGCAGAUCCGAUCGUCACCAAGUGCGGGCACUACUUCUGUUCCAAAUGCGCGAUACAGCGGUUUAGGAAGACGCCGAAGUGCGCUGCGUGUGGGCAGGCGACCGGGGGGAUGUUUAAUGGUGCUGCUGGGAAGGUGGAGGGGAUGAGGAGGAGGAUGACGGAGAAGGCGAGAAAGGAGGCUGGGGAGGAG